UCAGACUUUCAUUAUUACGUAACCACUUCAGCGGCUGUGGCUCUUCCAAAUAGUAUUAACGUUCAUUAUUUGUGCCUUUACGCCGACAUGGAUUCAACACCCACUAAAGAUACCGAGAAGAACUGCGUCCUGUGCUGCCAAGAAGUCGACAUCUUCGCCUUAGGGAAAUGCGACCACCCGGUUUGUUACCGCUGCUCAACCAAAAUGAGGGUGCUGUGCGACCAGAAGUACUGCGCCGUCUGCCGGGAGGAGCUCGACAAGGUGGUGUUUGUGAAAAAACUGGAGGCCUUUCAGACUCUGCCCUAUCAGCAGUUCCCCUGUGAGAAGAAGCAUGACAUCUAUUUCGGUGACGAGAAGAUUUAUGCCCAGUACAGGCAUUUGCUCUUGGCAACAUGUCCGCGCUGUGCAGAGCCGAAAGUUUUCUCCAAAUUUGAGGAGCUCGAGCAGCACAUGAGGAAGCAGCAUGAGCUGUUCUGUUGCAAACUCUGCACAAAGCAUCUCAAGAUCUUCUCCCAUGAGCGGAAGUGGUAUAAUCGAAAGGAACUGGCACGUCACAGAGCGCACGGAGACCCAGAUGACACCAGUCACAGAGGACACCCACUGUGCAAAUUCUGCGAUGACCGUUACCUUGACAAUGACGAGCUGCUUAAACACUUGCGCAGGGACCACUAUUUCUGCCAUUUCUGUGACGCAGACGGGUCACAGGAAUACUACAGUGAUUACCAGUAUCUAAGCGAGCACUUCAGAGCGAGUCACUAUCUGUGCGAGGAAGGUCGCUGUGCCACAGAACAGUUCACUCAUGCAUUCCGCACCGAGAUCGACUACAAGGCCCACAAGGCUGCAGCACACAGUAAGAAUAGAGCAGAGGCUCGACAGAACCGCCACAUCGACCUGCAGUUUAACUACGCCCCAAGACAGCAGAGGAGAAAUGAAGGUAUGGUUUCAGGUGAGGACUAUGAGGAGGUUCGUCACAAUCGAGGUGGAAAGGGAAGGCCCCAGGGGGGACAGAAGAGCUGGAGAUACUCCAGAGAAGAAGAGGACAGGCAGAUGGAAGCUGCUAUGAGGGCAUCUAUUGCGAUGCGUAGACAGGAGGAGAGAGGAGCAGUGCAGGAGAGGAGCGCUCCCAAACACUGCAGAGAGGAGAGGACAGAGAGAGCAGAACCAGAAGAGCCCAGACACCGGACAGGACAUGUUAAACCAGCAAGCAAACCAGUAAACAAACCUCCAGUAAGAACAAUGAAGAGCACUAAUCCAGGGGACGAAGAGGAUGACUUCCCAGCUUUAGGAGCCACAGCUGCUGCACCCAUCCCCUCCAGUGUAAAGUCAGCUCCUGUGGCGGCUACAGCAGUACAUGCAGCACUAAAAGAAGAUGACUUCCCCAGCCUCUCAACUGCAGCAGUUUCAUCCCCCAUAACCCCAGCUUACUCUGCCCAAACCAGGAAGACUUCUUCUUUUCAAGAGGAGGAUUUCCCUGCUCUUGUCUCCAAAAUCCGACCCCUCAAACCUACAGCGGGCGCUAGCUCUGCUUGGUCCAACCAUACUGCUGUAGCUAAACCCACCGCUCAUCCUCCUCCUUCCUCCAGAUCUGCCCCUCCUCUCUCAUCCUCUGGCCCUCAGCUCCUGUCCUCUUCAACCUCGUCGUCUUCACGGAGGAAAAAGAAAGUAGGGGACAAUGGAAAAGCAGCAUCUAGUCACUCUCCUGCUCUUUCUGAUGAUGAGAGUGGAGGAAUGACACAGCAGGAGUUCCGCUCGGUGCCCACCAUGUUGGAUAUCUCUUCUCUGCUCACUGUUAAAGGAGGUGACAGCAAAGCUUCCACUGCGCCCUCCAGCUCUUCAAAUCCAACCCCCAACACUGAUCUCUCUACCUCUAAAGCCAACAAGAAGAAAAAACAGAAGAACACCACUGCGCCCUCUACAUCUCUGUCUAUGGCGUCAGGGACAUCAGUAACUGUAAAUACAAUCUCAGUGGAAACAGCAGCACAAAAGGAAAAUGUCCCAGAGAAAACUUUGAACAAACCGCUUUCCAAUUCCAUCUCAGCAGCACUGACAAGCGAAUUGGCUAAUGGCUACUCUGAGAAAUCGCCUCCUGUUAGCAAAGAUACGGCUGUGGUAACCCCUAGUCCCAUUGCAGAACCCACUCUUGAGCCAGAGGAGGAAUUCCCUGCGCUCAUGACCAAGAAACCACCACCAGGCUUCAAGACUUCUUUCCCACUGAAGGCCUCAACUUCUGCCCCAUCCUCCACAGUGCCCCCUCCUCCACCGGGCCUGGGGAUCUCUGCCCCUAAGCCUCCACCAGGAUUCACAGGGAUCCCUCUCAACAGCAAUGUGGUAGAGCCUUCACCAUCUGCAGUCAACCCCCCCUCCAAGGUGUGGAGUAGUGGUUACCUGGUGCCAGAGGAUUUCCACCAGAGGAACCUGGACCUAAUCCAGUCCAUCAGAAAGUACCUCCACAAUGAUGAGUCAAAGUUCAACCAGUUCAAAAACUACUCUGCCCAGUUCAGACAGGGUGUGAUAUCAGCAGCCCACUACCACCGCAGCUGCAAGGACCUUCUCGGUGAUGAUUUUAACCGCAUCUUUAACGAGCUGCUGGUGCUCUUACCGGACACCGGCAAGCAGCAGGAGCUCCUGACUGCUCACGGAGACUGUAAGGCACGAGAGAAGCAGUCUGGGGCUGGAGGGGGAAAGAAAAACAAGAACAAGAAGAACGCCUGGCAGAUGCCUGCUACAGUGGUGAAUGCAGUAGCUGAGCUGGACUGCCAGGUCUGCCCCACCUGCAGACAGGUACUGGCCCCCAAAGACUUCAGCUCUCACAAAACCAUGCACAUCGGCGAGAGCGAGGAGUUCCCUUCCCUGCAGUCAAUUAGUCGUAUCAUCAGCUAGCCCCCCUCACUCUUCUUCUGCUCCGUUGGCCAUUUUGGGGCAAAUCUUCAGUUGCCCCUGCAGUUUGGUCAAAGCCCUGCAGCACCCAGUGUGGGGAAACAGCUGCCUGUUUCCUGAUUGAACACAUCCCAGAGGAGUCUGAGGCCUUUAUCCCAUAACACAGGAAGGUGGUUUAUGGUGUUAGUAAUUUCGAAGGAGGAUUAUAUUGAUAGGAUUGUGUGAAUGGUUUUACAGUUUAGACACACAGGGUCACUCCAACUUAACUCUUCUUUCAACUCAUAUCCUUUGAGGACGUCUCCAGCUGGCACUGGCAACAUCUAAUUAGAGUUCCCAAUUUAUUUAAUGAAAGUGGAGAGUCAAGCUGAGGAUUUACUUGAAGAAUUCGUUGCUCCCUAACACAGAUAUUACGUUGAUUUUACAUUUCUACCUUGCUUUGGGCUUUCACUUUAUCAGAUCACACAAUGUCUUGUUAACAUCAAAGUUAAUAAAGAAUGCAUGAUUCUCCAGCAGUGCUGCUUGCUUAAAUAACAAAAUAAACACGUUCAAUUCAAAUAUUUAGCACCAUUAUUUAUUUAAGUCUAGUUCUUUAAUCACUUUUAAUUGUGCAUUGCCUCAUGCAGAGGAAGGCCCGGUAACAUCUGAGAGAAUGGAUCGUCUGAGGCUUCAUGUAGGAGGAUAGUGACAGAAAGUAAGCUACUGCUGAAAUUAGAACUAAUUUUGUUUCACAGUUUGGAUGUUUUUCCUGGGUUUCAAGGCAUUAUAAAGCAUUAAUAGUCAUUAAAUUGAUUUUGUGAAAAUUAAGGCCUUAAAUGGCAUUAAAAAUCAUUAAAUUUGAUUCUCAGUGGCAUUAAAAGUUCUUUCUGCAGUUUUCAAGAAAAAUAUUUGAUGAUAAUAAUAUAAUAAUAUGUAAUUGUAGACUGCGAUUCAUCAGAUACGUGCAUCUGUGUAAACAUGCCGAAGCAUUGUGAUAAUUGUUCCGGCUGGUCGGGUACAAUUGCCAAAACCUGCAUGUUUGGAAGGUGGCCGGCAGGUUGGACCAGGUGGAGGAUAGCAGUGAAAUGGGGAAAUGAAUAUUCCAGCAAAAAUAGCUAGAAAACGUGGAAUUCAGAGAAUGACUACAGCCCAUGGGUGGUCAAGGGUGGUUUCCGGAUUCAGAAAUAGUGAACUAAAGGGACAGUUUUCAUAUAAAAAUCAUCUUUUACAAAAAAGCAAACCUGUGUAAUUUGUUGUGUUCACAGCCAUGGCAGUAAAUUUUUACUGUCUAGCAUUAAAAAGCAUUACAUUUGACUGGCUGAUUUCUGCAGAAACCCUGUUUUCAAUAAAUAGUUCUCCUUUAUUCCAUUCACAUCACUCAUCAGUAGAUUUGGUUUGCUGAUUGAUGGACUGGUUAAUCAGGGCUGUGGUGUUGCACAACGGUUCAAAUGGAAACUAAAACAACAACGAGAGUGUCUUCCCGUGUGUUACGUUUAAUAUUUAUAGCCUUUUAAGGAUCAGUGUCGGUAAACACUAAGGUCAGGGGUAGCUGCGUUUGUAUUUCCAAAUUUUAUUAGAGUAAACAUUUAGUCCUAAUUAAGAAACUCUAAGGCCAUGUUUAUUCUAUUUGUUCGGGGUGACUGGUUACAUCUCAUCAAAAUCAGUUCAUAGUCUCUCUCAGGACCCUUAGCUUGCACUGCGGCCCACCUGGGUGUCCAUCUGUCCUGUGUUGUCUGCUUGAGUCGGUGUGUGUUUGUAUAUAGAGUCGGUCUACACAUCAUACAGCAGCUUACUCCAUUUUCUGUCGGCCUUCAAUAAAGCGUUUUCUGUCUGCA